AAGCCAAACAUCAACAAUGGGUAGAGUUAUUCGUAACCAAAGAAAAGGUGCUGGUUCAAUCUUCACCGCUCACACCAGAUUGAAUAAAGGUGCUGCUAAAUUAAGAACCUUAGAUUAUGCUGAACGUCAUGGUUACAUCCGUGGUGUUGUUAAACAAAUUAUCCACGAUGCUGGUAGAGGUGCUCCAUUAGCUAAAGUUGUUUUCCGUGAUCCUUAUAAAUAUAAAUUAAGAGAAGAAACCUUCAUUGCUAAUGAAGGUGUUUACACUGGUCAAUUUAUUUACGCCGUUGAUCACCCUCAUGGUGGUGGUAACCAUCAACAUAUUGGUAAAGCUUCUACCAUCUCUAGAGGUGCUGUUUCUGGUCAAAAAGCUGGUUUAAUCGCUGCCAGAAGAACCGGUUUAUUACGUGGUACCCAAAAAACUCAAGAUUAA